AUGGCUGAAGUUUGGGGAGUUUAUGAAGGUCUCAAAUUAUCCUCCUCAAGAGGUUUUGGAAAAGUCAUUAUUAAUAUUCACUCCAAGAGAGUUAUUAGUGCAAUUUUGAAUAAAGAGAAUAGUGGUGAUUUCAACUUGGCUCUAAUUCGGCAAAUUCGUGUUUUAAUGGCCAAGCAUGAUGUUGUGAAGAUUGAUCAUACAUUUUGCGAAGCAAACAGUGUUGCGGAUGAGUUAGCAAAGGUUGGGCGCCGUUUGAAGACCGGUUGUAAAGUUUAUGAUGAAGUUUCUGAUUUCCUCUCGAACCUUCUUCACAGAGAUUCCUCUGGUUUAUCUAUCCUUAGAGUGGUAGCUGUGUAG